CUGCACAGUAACUGACUCAACUUGAGAUUGCUUGGCCGCUUAAUACAGAAAUUUUUUUUUAAAUGGAAGAGAAUGAAACAAGUUUACCUAAUACAUCCCUGCAAGGUAAAAAGAUGGCUUAUCGCAAAGUGAAUGCAGACCAGAGAAUACAGGGGCACUCUCAAUACCUUGACAACGAUGACCUCCAGGCCACCACAUUGGAACUAGAAUGGGACAUGGAAAAAGAGCUAGAGGAGCCUGGCUUUGACCAUUUCCAACUGGAUGGCACAGUUGAUCACCAUUCGGGAAAUUCACAAAAUACUAACAUUGAUCUCGAACCUAUUCAGCCCUCAGCAUCCCCUAAAGGAAGAUUUCAGCGACUUCAGGAAGACCCGGACUAUGUGUCACAUUAUACAAGACCCGCACCAAAGAGCAACCGCUGCAACUUUUGUCGGAUAUUUAAACUAUUUUGCACUGUUUUGAUUUUAUUUAUUUUUGGAAUUUUAAUAGGAUAUUAUGCACACAAAAAAUGUCCUCCUUCCCCUACUUCUUCAGAACCAAGUUAUCCUCAUUUCUACCAGGAGAUUCUCAAGGAAAUCAAAGCUGAAAAUAUUCAAAAGAUUUUCAGAGAUUUGAUACAGUUGCCUAGGAAAGAAGAAGAUACAGACAUUGCAAUGAAACUUCUGGUUCGAUGGGCGUCUUGUGGCCUUGAAGAUGUUCAGCUAGUAAAUUACUCUGUCUUGCUUGACCUGCCAGGCUCUUCUUCAAAUACAGUAACUCUGAAAAAUAGUGGCGAAUGCUUUUAUCCUAGUGGACAGAAGUGUUACAGGGAGACCAAAAAGCUUCACAGCCAAGACCUUCUGUACUCAUACGCCGCUUACUCUGCCAAAGGAACUCUUGAGGCAGAAGUCAUUGAUGUGCAGUAUGGGACUGUAAAAGAUUUAGUCCUGAUUCAAGCCAUGACAAAUGUGACCAAUAAAAUCGCACUUCUGAAGCUAGGACAAUCACCUUUACUCUAUAAGCUUUCUCUGUUAGAAGAGGCGGGGUUUGGAGGUGUCCUUCUUUAUGUUGAUCCUUGCGAUUUACCAAAGACUCAAAAUCUUAGUGAUAAAGCAUUCAUGGUUUCCCUAAACAGUGGAGGAGACCCAUCGACACCUGGUUAUCCCAGUAUUGAUGGAAACUACAGACAGAACCGAUCGAACCUUACAUCACUGUUAGUGCAACCCAUAUCUGCACUGCUAGUCAAAAGACUUGUUUCUUUACCUGAGGACAGAAGCAAAAGUGAUGGGUGUAUCCCUCUCAAACUGCCUGUGACAGAAAAGAUAAUAAUCAGUCUAAAUGUUCAGACAGUCCCAACAUACAAGACAAUUUCUAACGUUAUUGGGUAUUUAAAAGGAUCUACAUUUCCCGAUAGAUAUAUCAUAGUUGGUAGCCACCACAACAGUGUAUAUGGUUACAGUGGACAAGAAUGGGCCAGUAGCACUGCUGUCAUCACAGCAUUUAUACAAGCCUUGAUGCUAAAAGUUAAGAGAGGCUGGAGGCCUGAUCGGACCAUUGUUUUCUGCUCAUGGGGAGGAACAUCAUUUGGCAACAUUGGCUCAUAUGAAUGGGCAGAGGAUCUCAAGAAAGUUCUCCAGAGAAACAUUGUGGCUUAUGUUAGCCUCCAUAACCCAGUAAGAGGCAACUCAAGUUUGCAUCCUGUAGCAUCGCCUUCUCUUCAGCAACUGGCAACAGAGAGACAGAGCCUCACCUGUCUGGGGAAAAUGAAGUGCCCAGGAUCCAAUGUGAGUUCUGUGCAGAUGCAGGGUGAUUCUGAUUAUUUCAUCAACCAUCUUGGGGUUCCCACUGUGCAGUUUUCUUACGAAGACAUCAAAACAUUAGAGAGUCCAAGCUUUCUCUUUGAAGCUCUCUUUCCUGCACAUAACACAGUAACUGAAGAGCUGGAUCCCUUGUUCAACCUGCAUGAGACCAUUGCUAAGCUAACAGGAGAGGUGACUUUGCAAAUUGCCAGUGAACCGGUUCUGCCCUUUAAUGCCCUGGACAUCGCAUUAGAAGUUCAGAACAGCCUUAAAGGUGACCAACUAGACAUCCGUCAGUUGCUGGCAAUGGCUUCAAGACUGAGAGACAGUGCAGAAUUGUUCCAGUCAGAUGAGAUGCGUCCAGCUAAUGACCCCAAGGAGAGAGCUCCUAUCCGAGUGAGAAUGCUUAAUGACGUUCUCCAAGGUCUGGAGAAAAACUUCUUAGUUCAACAAGCUCCUCCAGGGUUUUACAGAAACAUUCUUUACAGGCUGGAUGAAAAGAUGAGCCAAUUUUCAGUACUACUAGAGGCACUGGAGCACUGCAAGCUACAUCAGUCAAAUGAGACCCUUCAAGCAGCCUUGUCAAAGGUGCUGAACAGCAUCAAUUCAGCUCAGGUUUACUUCAAAGCAGGACUUGAUGUGUUUGAGACUGCCUUUGCUGGAAAGAAAUGAGAAAACUCUCAGCAUUCUAAGAAGUUUGUUUACAAUUCACUAAGCAAAAGUUUGAGUCGGACCAGAAUUUCUUUGAGAUUAAAAGUUUUUUCAACUUUUUUUUUCAAUCGGUGUUUAAAGGUACUACAGUGUGUGUUCUAAUAACUAUAAAACAGUCUUUUGCACUGUUCAUGGUAAAUCCCAGAUGUCUCUUUGAGAAUGUGUAAAAACAUACUCAAAGGGGAAUAACACUCAAGAUUUGAUUUUUUAGAAGGAAAUCUGUAUUUUUAUAUGUAAAAUAUAUUUUUAUGACUAAGGGCUCAAUCUUGCAAAGUGCUGAACACUUGCUGCAAAAUGCUAAGGGCCUGAUUUUCAGAGGUGAGGAACACCCACUGUUGUAAGUAUCUCAGAGCUGUGAAUGCUCAGCACCUCAGCAAAUCAUGACUGCAGUACCCUAAAAUUCAUUGGUUCACCCUUAAGUCCUCCAAUACCCAGAUUUGCUACACCUCCACGACAAACUCAUCUUUGUUCUUUCCCCUUUUUGUCUGGGGAGAGGAAGUUGAAGGAUGUGGGUUCAUUCUAUUGGUGUUCAGGGCAUGCAGGACUAAGGAGGAGGCACUCGAUACCUUGCAGGUAGAGUCCAACAUUCUGAGACCAUCCUUACUCCUAUGUUUGAUGCUAUAGUCUGAAUGUUGCUUAGGUUCUGGGAGAGUUAAGAACCUUUGAUUAUCCUGUU